CCCUCCCGCCGGCUCCCUAACUCCAGCCCCUCUCUCUCUAUCAGCCGCUCACUCUGUCUCAAUAUGUCUCAAGAUGGCGGCCAAUGUGGGAUCGAUGUUUCAAUAUUGGAAGCGCUUUGAUUUACAGCAGCUGCAGAGGGAGCUCGAUACCACAGCAACAAUAUUGGCGAACCAGCAAGAUGAAAGUGAGCAGUCCAGGAAAAAACUUAUUGAGCAAAGUCGUGAGUUCAAGAAAAACACUCCAGAGGACCUGCGCAAACAGGUAGCUCCGUUACUGAAGAGUUUCCAGGGAGAGAUUGAUGCAUUGGGCAAAAGAAGCAAAGAAGCAGAGGCAGCCUUCUUGAAUGUUUAUAAGAGAUUAAUUGAUGUUCCAGAUCCGGUUCCAGCCUUGGAUUUAGGACAGCAGCUUCAGCUGAAGGUUCAACGCAUGCACGAUAUUGAAACAGAAAACCAGAAACUUAGGGAAACUCUGGAGGAAUACAAUAAAGAAUUCGCCGAGGUGAAAAAUCAGGAGGUUACAAUAAAAGCACUUAAGGAGAAAAUCCGAGAAUAUGAACAGACCCUGAAGAACCAAGCGGAGAACAUAGCCCUUGAAAAGGAACAAAAGUUACAAAAUGAUUUUGCGGAGAAGGAGAGAAAAUUGCAGGAGACCCAGAUGUCGACAGCCUCGAAGCUGGAGGAAGCCGAACACAAAGUUCAAGCUCUGCAAACAGCCUUGGAAAAAACCAGGACAGAGCUAUUUGAUCUGAAAACAAAAUACGAUGAAGAAACUACUGCAAAGGCUGAUGAAAUCGAGAUGAUCAUGACAGACCUUGAAAGAGCGAAUCAGAGGGCAGAGGUGGCUCAGAGAGAGGCAGAGACCUUAAGGGAGCAGCUCUCAUCAGCUAACAAAUCUCUCCAGCUUGCUACGCAGAUCCAGAAGGCACCUGAUGUGGAGCAGGCCAUCGAGGUGCUGACUCGCUCCAGCCUGGAAGUGGAGCUGGCUGCCAAGGAGCGCGAGAUCGCCCAGCUCGUCGAAGACGUCCAGAGGCUCCAGGGCAGCCUCACCAAGCUGAGGGAGAACUCCAGCAGCCAAAUCUCCCAGCUGGAGCAGCAGCUGACAGCCAAGAACAGCACACUCAAACAACUGGAAGAAAAACUGAAAGGACAGGCUGAUUAUGAAGAGGUUAAGAAAGAAUUAAAUAUAUUGAAAUCCAUGGAGUUUGCACCAUCUGAAAGCUCUGGUGCACAGGAUGCAUCCAAGCCGCUGGAGGUGCUGCUGCUGGAGAAGAACCGCACGCUGCAGUCGGAGAACGCCACGCUGCGCAUCACCAACAGCGACCUGAGCGGGUCAGCCAGGAGAAAAGGGAAAGACCAGCCUGAGAGUCAGCGUCCUGCAACCUUGCCGGCCUCCCCUCCUUCCCAGUUGCUCCGCAACGCGGGGGAGCAGGCUUCCAAUACUAAUGGUACACACCAGUUCUCACCAACGGGUUUAAGUCAAGACUUUUUCAGCUCAUCCUUGGCGAGCCCCAGCUUACCCCUGGCCUCCACAGGAAAAUUUGCACUAAACUCUCUCCUCCAGCGACAGCUAAUGCAGUCCUUCUACUCCAAGGCAAUGCAGGAAGCAGGAAGCACAAGCAUGAUUUUUCCAACAGGUCCAUACAGCACAAACUCCAUAUCUUCCCAAAGUCCAUUACAACAAAGCCCGGAUGUAAAUGGCAUGGCCCCAUCUCCCAGCCAGUCAGAAAGUGCUGGGAGCAUCUCCGAAGGCGAGGAGAUAGACACGGCCGAAAUUGCACGUCAGGUGAAAGAGCAGUUGAUCAAGCACAAUAUUGGACAGCGGAUAUUUGGACAUUAUGUGUUGGGACUGUCACAAGGGUCUGUGAGUGAGAUCCUGGCCCGGCCAAAGCCAUGGAAUAAACUGACUGUGAGAGGCAAGGAGCCAUUUCAUAAGAUGAAGCAGUUCCUGUCGGACGAGCAGAACAUCCUGGCUCUUCGCAGCAUCCAGGGCAGACAAAGAGAGAAUCCAGGCCAGAACCUGAACAGACUAUUUCAGGAAGUACCGAAACGAAGAAAUGGGUCUGAAGGUAACAUAACCACACGAAUCCGAACCGCAGAGUCUGGCUCUGAUGAAGCCAUCAAAUCCAUUCUCGAACAAGCCAAAAGGGAGCUGCAAGUACAGAAAACAGCUGAGCCGGCUCAGCCGCCUUCUGCCUCUAGCAGUGGCAAUUCUGAUGAUGCAAUUCGAUCCAUUCUGCAACAAGCCCGACGGGAAAUGGAGGCACAGCAGGCUGCCCUUGAACCUGCCUUAAAAACACCACCUCUAUCUCAAGCUGACAUUUCUAUCCUGUCCCCCAAACUAGUGUCUACACCUGCAAUGUCUUCGGUUUCCAGCUAUUCUCCUUUGGCCAUAUCCCUGAAGAAACAUUCAUCUGUCACUGAUUCCAGUAUCUCUGCAUUGCAGAACCUCUCUGGGCUCAAAAAGGAGCCUCAGGAGGCACCUGUUUUAGAGCUUCAUGGAAUAAGUGAUUCUGCCCAGGGUAUGUUGAGGCAUGUUAAAAAUGAGUUGGGACGUGGUGGUGUUUGGAAGGACCAUUGGUGGAAUACUGUGCAGCAUGAGAGAAGAAAUGCAGCUCUUCCCGAAGAUAUAAAAGUUGAGGAAGCCAGUGGUGGAAAAGAAAAGGUCAGCAAUCAGACUAGGCCAGAUCGUAGCCAGCUCCAAGGACCGUCUUCUUCCGAGUAUUGGAAAGAGUGGCCAAACGCGGAAUCUCCGUACUCGCAGAGUUCUGAAUUGAGCAUGACUGGGGCGAGUCGCAGUGAGACACCACAGAAUAGCCCCCUCCCUUCAUCCCCUAUCGUGUCCUUGUCCAAGCCAUCCAAACCUUCGGUUCCUCCACUGACACCCGAGCAGUAUGAGAUUUAUAUGUACCAGGAGGUGGAUACGAUAGAGCUAACGCGGCAGGUCAAGGAAAAGCUAGCAAAGAAUGGCAUCUGCCAAAGGAUCUUUGGGGAAAAGGUAUUGGGGCUGUCCCAAGGAAGUGUCAGUGACAUGCUCUCCAGGCCAAAGCCAUGGAGCAAAUUGACCCAAAAAGGCCGAGAACCAUUUAUUCGUAUGCAGCUCUGGUUGAAUGGUGAGCUGGGACAGUGUGUCCUGCCUGCACAAGGGCAGCAACAAGGACAAGUCCUUCACUCUGUGACAUCAUUACAGGAUUCCCUACAGCAGGGAUGUGCAAGCUCAGAAAGUACUCCAAAGACUUCUGCCAGUUGCAGUCCUGCUCCUGAGUCUCCCAUGAGUUCCAGUGAAUCAGUGAAAAGCCUGACUGAGUUGGUACAGCAGCCCUGCCCCGCCAUAGAGACGAGUAAGGAUGGCAAAUCCCAGGAAUCCAGUGAGCCACCUGCUUCUGAAUCCCAAUCCACGACCCCUCUGCCACUCUCAGGCCACUCUGCACUCAGCAUCCAAGAACUGGUGGCCAUGUCCCCUGAGCUGGACACCUAUGGCAUCACCAAGAGGGUCAAGGAAGUGCUCACGGACAACAAUCUUGGUCAGCGUUUGUUCGGGGAGACAAUCCUGGGGCUGACACAAGGCUCUGUCUCAGACCUGCUGGCUCGCCCCAAGCCCUGGCACAAGCUGAGUCUGAAGGGAAGGGAGCCCUUUGUCCGCAUGCAGCUGUGGCUCAACGAUCCCAACAACGUGGAGAAGCUGAUGGAUAUGAAGCGCAUGGAGAAAAAAGCCUACAUGAAGCGGAGGCACAGCUCCGUCAGCGACAGCCAGUCCUGUGAGUCCUCGUCCGCUGGCAUCGACUACAGCCAGGGCGCCAGCCCCCAGCCCCAGCACCAGCUCAAGAAGCCCCGGGUGGUGCUGGCACCAGAGGAGAAAGAAGCUCUCAAACGAGCCUACCAGCAAAAGCCAUACCCAUCACCAAAAACCAUUGAGGAACUCGCCACACAGCUCAACUUGAAAACCAGCACCGUGAUCAACUGGUUCCACAAUUACAGGUCGCGCAUCCGCCGGGAGCUGUUCAUCGAGGAGAUCCAGGCCGGGAGCCAGAGCCAGGCCGGGUCGAGCGACUCCCCUUCGGCCAGGAGCAGCAGGGCGGCGCACAGCUCCGAGGGGGACAGCUGCGACGGCGUGGACACGGAGGGCCCUCCCGACGGGAAGCCCAGCGGCCCGGAGGCGGACGAGUUCAGCAGCGCGGCCGCCAAGUCUCAGGGAGGGCCCGCCGAGCCGGCGUUCGAGGCGGGGGAAGAGGCACUGCGAGGCGCCCGGCCUUCGGAGAGAGCGGAGCCCGAGAGCCUGGAGGACACCGACGACGAGGGCCGGCUCCGAGCGCCGCGCCAGAGCUCCCCGCCGGCGCCGCGGCGCCCAGGAGACGCUCCGGAGACACUGCCAAACUCUGCCACGGAAGGGGAUGCCUCUACCUCAGCCGCCUCCACCUCAGUCCUUACGGGGGAGAGCUCCUACAAGUCAAAAGAAAGUUCAGAGAAAAUCUCCGGUGUGCCAAGUACGAGCUCGACGCCGGCCGCAGGCUCGCAGAAAGCCAACUCCCUGCAGAGCUUGUUCAGCUUCUCGGAGGCGGCGAGCUCCAGGAACACGCGAGACAGCUCCCUGAGGAAAAAGAAAGCGGCCAACUUGAACAACAUCAUCCACCGCUUGGAGAAGGCCGCCAGUCGGGAAGAGGCCGUCGAGUGGGAGUUUUGAGAUUAAACUGGCCCAACUCGGGAGAGCUGGGAAGUCAAACUGGACCUCUACUGGUUUUAUUGUGUUCGCACUUAACCGCCCUGCGGGCCACAGGGCAAAAACGCCAUAGGCCAAGGUGCAUAAAAAAAUCAAAAAAAAAAAAAAAAAAAAAAAAAAAAAAAAAAAAAAAAAAAAAAAAAAAAAAAAAAAAAAAAAAGGAGCGUUAAGCCCAAUUUAUGUUUGUGUUUUCGAGGAAGAAAACUGAAAUGUGUAGUCAAGCUUUUUUGUACCCUGAAGUGUUUUUAUUAUUGCCCUAAGUGAUUUCCACAAUUUCUGGAAUAACUCAUACAGCUUUGCCUUGUGCCCUCCUCUUUGGUGUGGGGCUUUAAAAAAAUGAAAAACAGGAAAAAAAAAAAAACUUAAAAAAGAAAAAAUCUUAAAAAAAAAUCAACCCACAUAUUAAAAGGGGGCUUUUUAUCUGCCAUCUAAUGGCUACAGAGCGAUAAUACACUAUUAUCUUCUUAAACCAGGAAAAAAGGGGAGAUUUUUCAAGAAAAAGAAAAAAAAAGAAAGUUUUUUGUAGCUGUUCAGUUGCCACUAAGAGAUUGCACAGUCAACCGACUCUAAACACACUAGUUUGGAUUCCUACAUAUUUUCAAGAAAAGAAAAGAAUCUUGUUGUUUGAAACUUUGAAUUAAAAAAAAAACACAUUUACUCCACAUAUUUUUUAACAAAACAAAAAAAAAGUCACAUCAGGAAAAUAUCUUAAUUUGUGGUAGCUGACUUAGUGUUUUCUUGUAAGUGAAAUAGAAUAUUGACACGUAGUGCACAUUGUUUCAUAGCUUUAACUGAUUCUGGUCUUUUGCAGCCCAGAAUUUGUUUAAUACACUCCAUUUUAGGCCAAAUCAGGACAAAAAAAAAAAAAAAUCUGAAUCUAGGUAUUUUAUAAUCUGCUUUUUAACCUCUAACCACAGAGCACGCUGAUCAGACCUCAUAUCUGGGAGGUUUAGGAGACAACUUAGAAGCAGCAUGUACUUGAUCAUUUCACUUGGUUCGUAGUGUAGAGGAUUUCCUUUCAGCAAAGACCGAUCGCUCCAAAAACGUUGGCCAGUAACAUUUCAGCCUGCUACUUGGGGGCCUAGCCCGUAUCCCGACCAUUCAGCUUACCUGGAGCCCUUGGGAACGCAGUUCACGUGUCCGAUUGCUGUCACACCACUAAGAGGGACGGGAGCUGCCGCAGACCCAGCCCUUCUCCUGCUGUUGGUGGCCAUUACUGACUCUCUUCCCACCACGAGCACUGAUUUUAAAUACGUUUUAGUCGUGGGAAGCUCCUUUUUGGCGUGGACAAAGAGUACAUGGCAAUGACCAGACGGGCUCUUGCCGGGGUGGAAGCAGCCCGAGCUCGAAACCAAAACCUUCGUGCUCUCGAGUCCCAGUGCGGCCCGUUCUGCCCUGCAGAAAUACAGCCUUUUCCCAUUAUUUUAUGCACAGGUUAGGGCUGAUCAAAGUACAAAUCCAAUUCUAACUUGUCUCUAACUCCUCCUGUUGUCUAUAUGUAUAUGCGUGAGCAUAGAGGUGUGUGGAAGGAUGUGUGUGCGUGGGUGUGUGCGUGCAAUUUUAUACGUCUGUGUAUUUUCUUACGUACUUGUGCACACAUAGAGUGCAUUACUGCCACCUUUUUUCAAUAAGCUGUUUUAUCAGUUAUGGCUUCUACAAGUUUGCUAAUUUAGACUCCUUUAUUGCCAUAUCUUUAAAACUAACAAUAGAUGAUUUCGGAAUAUAUAUAUAUAUAUAAAUAUAUAUAUAUAUAAUUUUUUUUUGCUUAUUUAUAGGUGCUGUAUUUUAUUAUCUGAUUGUUAGGAAGGGAUGAAAGGGGGCAAAUAUUCUUUAGAGGGAUAGACUGCCGGCAGUAUUGGGUAUAAUUUACAAGAUGUAGUUGUCAUACUGUAUAUUAUUGAUUGAAGACUUUUUUGACCGUAUUGUGUAUCAUUGAACUUUUGUCUUAGGUCAGCAUCUUUUUGAUGACACUUUAAUGGUGCAUUCAUUACUUCUUAAGUUUAAUUAAUAUUACUUUUCUGAUUUUGGGGGAGGGAGGGAUGGGGGAGAGGAGUUCCGACUUUAAAGGUAUGUUCCCAAUAUUACACCUCAGUGUGCUUGUAUUAAUUCAUUAGUAGGAUUUUUGACUGUAAGAUGUGAAACCACAUUUCUUGCAUGAUGUUUUAGAACUUACGUAUUUCAUUUACAGUCUCUUAACAUGCAACAGCAGCACUUAGUGCAAGUUUUCACAAAUUUAAGAAUCAGUACACUAAAAUCCAUCCUUCUCAUGACUAAGGAAAGAAGGCUCUAGGAGGCUGAAAGGCAGGGAUUUAUUUCCGAUUUUCACUGCUAGCUGUUUCAGGAUUCCUCCUUGGGUGACUGGGGACUCGUGAUGCGAAACUAAAGCUGAGGGACGGAGAGAGAGCAGCUGCCCCUUUCUGUGAUGGGCUGAGGGACAAUUGGCAGUGGCAGACACCAGGGUGUGGCAGCACGUGCUGGGAGCUCUCCGGGAGCGUGGCCAGCACGUGGGAACGGGGUGAAGCCCAGGGUGACCUCUCUGUGCCUGCCCAGGGUCCUGGUCUGAUUUCCAAAGCACAGCUCCACGAUAAACACGUCCUGGUAGGAGUUCACAUACCUUAGCAUAGUCACAACCAGCUGCGUCUCCAGCCAAGAGCAAAACUUCUGCCCAGAAGAUGCAGAUAUUUUCUUAGGUUCUUUAAUUGGUUUUAUUUUUUUUUCUUUGUUGUUGUUGUUUGGUUCAGGUUGGGUUUUUUAAUUGAUUCUAGGCAAUACACUUGCCAGUCUGUUCCUACUGUCCUUGUCUGCUGAUUUGAGACCCAGGUGCUGGAUGCAGUCAAGUGGUUACUCUCGGCUUUCUCCAUAGUGAGGGUUUUUUUUUCUGUUUGAUUACUUUAGUUUGUUUUUUAAGUUAAUAUUCCCCAAACUGUUCUUGUGCCUGUGUCUAUCUGAUUGCAUUCCAUGAUGCUUACUGAGAGCUCUGGCUGCAGUGUACGACAGCAGAACUGUAUUCACAGGUCGAACGCAAAUGCAGCACUUAAGGUCAAUCUCUCUUCUUAAUAAGCAAUAUGUAAGUGCCUUGAAACAUAUCUUUUUCUUUUUUUUUUUUCCCCUGUUUAUUUUUGGUUUGCUUUUCAGGUUUCCACCAGUUCUUUAGGAUUCUUUAGUGUCCUCCCAUUUUUUAAUGCUGUAAUGAUUUUUAAAAAGCAUAUCUGUAGCUUGCCCUAGAGGAAAUCUUUCUUUCAUAACACUAACUGUUAAUUCUAAGCUCCAUUAUUCCAUUUGAGUCAUGUAAUUUUGGUGGUUAAAGACAGCAUUCAGAAGUCAGAAGUCACUCCAUCCUGCCAAGCAUUAUCAUUGGGAUCUAUUAUAAAAUUAAUCAAAUAAAAGGCUGUCAGUAUUUCCUAUAUUUUUGGCACUUUAUUAAUGGCUUAGCUCCUUUUGCUGUUUCAUAUUUAAUGAUCUGUGUUGAAUGUGGAUUAGCCUGCUGAGAUGCUGUUGGGGUGAUCUCCUGCCCGGAGUCCCUUUGGGUUCCUUGGUGACCCCUGGAUGCAGGGCAGGGGCCGAGGAGCACCCUCAGGCCUGGAGCUCAGAGAUGCCCCUGGGUUUGUCCUGGUGUUUAGGCAAGGUCACCACUGCUCUCCUGUUCCAGUGGAAAGCAGGAUGGAUGAGCUGAACUACUGCUGAUAUUCUCGGGUUGGACAUGAGUUACCUGCUGGUGUUUCUGGCCAAGGCCCCCCAGUUUAGAGGCUGAACUUACACUGCAGGGUGUGAGAGAUAGUUGGGAUCAAUUUGAAACUCACCCUUGGGACAAAAAUGUGCUUUGGAAUAACUUUUUUUUUUUUUUUUUACUUAAUUCAAAGGAUUAAAAGUUGAAGGAGAAGAAAUGCCAAAGAGCAGCACAGUGGCUGUCAUCCCUUGGGUGCUGGUUCCAGGGGAAGGGAAUGUGUGAGAGGUGUGACAUGGGCUCAUCUCACAGGGCAGCAGAGCCCUCGUUGCUGACGUCUCUUUUCCUGAUGGAUAAAAGCACAGGCAGCUUUCAGGAAAUCCAUCAUGCCAGAGUCUGUUUUUCCUGGGGUUCUUUAAAAGCAUUUUAUUUUCCCUCUCUGUUUCCAGUUCCAUGCUCCUGCCAAUGCUGUGCAUGAAGGGCCAGGGCUGUUUUAAUAGAAACACGUUUAUAUUGCAGUUAAAUUGUUGAUCUUUCUCUCUGGAUGAUUAGGGAAGGAAAAAAGCACAGUGCUUUGUUUGCUAAAAGCCAGGAAAGAGUAUCCCCUGGCAGAAGGGUCAUGCAGUGGGAUUGUCAAUACACUUCCAUUUUUCAGGAUACAGAUUUCAGACAACAGCAUUGUAGAUGUUUAUUGGCAGAAAUGCAUUUAAUUACAGUUGCUUUUGAUGGCAUAAAAUUUGACCAUUUUAUUUAUUCAUCAGUGAAAUGCCUAUGAAUAGAGCCACCCUUUAAAGGAACCCAUAUCAGUGCACUCUGCCCAUAUCAUGAAUUAGUGAGUCCUUUAGUAAUAAACUCCUUGCUGUAAUAGGAAAGAUCUAUAUUACAGUUAAAAAGAAAAAAGUAUGUGCCUUUCUCAUUAGCUAAAAGAUCUCUGCAUUAUUUUUAUGUAAUUUGUUCAUAUGGGAUUGCUGCAGAGCAGGGGGACCAUGAACACAACAGAAUUCUAUGCAAUAUUUUCCAAUCCAAUUACUUAAAAGUCACUAUUUUUCAAUCAUUUAAUAGGAGAAAUAGUAAGUUAGAAAAGUGCAUCAUUCUGGUGGUAAUUCAAAGUGCAAAGCUGAUAAAUUGACAUAAAAUAGGAUUGAGGGAAAUAUGACAUAUUAAUGUGAUGAAAUAAUGGAAAAUCCUAACUGUGCUUGCAUCCCCAACAAGCACAGCUGCCAUCAGAAGUCUGUCAUCUUCCAUUUUAAAAUUAAUAAUUUCCAGUGUUCUUAAAGCUUUUAUGAAUAAGACUGCUCCUGGCAAAAACAGGGCAGGUUAGAAAGAGGAAAAAAAUCACAUUUUGACCAUAUAGAAAUUAUGAGAAUACACAAAAAAAAGUAAUUGGGUUUGGACACUUUGCACUUGGAUCCAAAAUAUUUUAUUUCAGUUGAAAUGCCGCAGUAAUCUGUGCCUUCAGCAGGGUCGUGAGAGAUCAGUAGCUUGGCAGUUUGCUGCAGAUUGAAAGAGGAGUGUUGACAUUUUUAACCUGCACAUGGAGGGCACUAUUUUUGCUUCAUUUGUGUCUCUUGCUACAAAGGAGUUGCUGAAAUUCUCUCUGAUUCCCUCUUCAGCCAGUGGAUGUUCUCUGUCUUUGGCCAUGAGGGUGGCUGAGCUCCUCUUGGACACUCAGAAGCCAGAGGAGAAGGAGGGAAGUUGGUUCUGAGGUGGGCACUGAUUUAACAUUCCCUAAAACCAAGUCAGGGCUUUCCUGUGGGUGUGUGGCAGUUCUGGCCCUGCUGGGACCAGCUGGCUGUAGCCUCUUACCCCCAAAUUUAACUCACGUGGAUAAAACAUUGGCAAAGCAGGGCUGGGUUGAUUCCUGUGUUGUUCUGCCUUCCCCUUUCUGCUCUGUGAACAUCAACGUUUUCUUUGUGUUGCAUAUACAAUCAACUUUUAAGAAUUCUAUACAAAGGAAAGACUUUCCCCACCCCCCAGCAGUUUAAAGUCUGGUUUUAAAUUGCAAGGAGAAUCAUUGGCAUGGGGAGUACAAGAUCUGAAAUUCUUUUCUGAUGUAACCUUUGUAAUUCAGAAGGGAUGUAGGAGUCCCUGUCUCCUUCACAUAUAUUUGAGCUCUAAAAUGUAGAAAUAAAAUUUCACCAAUUUCUUCUUUCCUCCCCAUCUCUUUUAUAGGAUAUAUUGACUAUGCCAUAUAUAAAGUAUAGUUAAUAAUGGACUUUAUAGCAAGAAAAGCUCUUUAAACCAUGCCUAGGGACAGAUUUGUCCUACAUGACCAGGUCGUGGACUAUACCCUACCCUAUUAAUAUGCAAGGAUAAAAUGGUUUUAUGCUCUGAACGUGAAAUUUAUCCUUUUGGAGAAGAUUAGCGUUAGGCCUGUGCACUUAAGUUUUCAGAAAGCCUUAAAAACAGGUGUGUAAGUGGUGCCAUCUCUGUCCUCAGGGAUGAUUUCCCCCCAGCCAAGUGGUACUGUGGCAUAUUUAAUAGCAGUUAUUAGUUAUAAGGUCAUUUUCCAGUUGAAGAAAGUCAUUCAUUGAACUUUAUUAGUGAGUCCCUGACCAGCAUCCUCUGGUACAAUCCAGGACCUGCUUUUCCCGAGACCUGGGCAUCCAUAUCCAUCCCAAAAUUCCUGGCUCUCUGUGAAAUCUGUGCUUCUACAACUCUUGUGAAUGGGAAAAAAACCCUGAUGGGAUUCCUGGGCUUGAUUGUCAUUGCUAUUCACAAACAUCUUCUGGCACUAAAGUGCAUUAAAAGGAAAAGGCUCCUUUUUAAAAAACAGUAAGAUUAUUGUGUUUUGUCCUUGUCCAGCUCUUCUAUAAAGGUCAAUUCUGCCAGUUUCAAGCUUGCUUUACUCACAGUGGUGUUGGGAGAUUUUAGCCUCGGUUCUGUUGAUUUUUUAUUAUUAAAUCUGUUGGUUUCAUCACAUCAUUUCAGUUUCUUUGGACUUUGAACCAGCUGAGUGCAGAGAGCAGCUGAAUCCUUAACCAUAACAAAACAGUGCAGGAUCAGUGCAGGAGAGUGAAUACCCCUGUGAUGUUGUGUCUUUGGCUUUCUGUGUGAAUUCCAGAGAUAUUUGUUAUACAUGGUACGAUCUUCAUCCAAAGUGCUUUGGAAAUGGAGAAUCAUGCCCAGCAUUUCCUGCUGUUGUGGUGCCACACCUGAUUUUGGCACAGUUCCUGUGUAAUUCCUGGUAGUGUCACAACAGCACAGCCUCUCUCUUGACAGCAAGAACAAGAAUUGUGUUCUCUUCUGUCCGUGUGGGUAAUUAAUGUGCAUUUUUGGGAGUUGUGAAAUGUGUCUCUGUGCAUCAUUCCAGGAUGGAAAAGCCCCUCUGUGUAUUUAGCAUUUGUGUGCUUGGUCUUAAUGGUGCAGCAGAAUUGCAGCAGCCAAAUUUGUGAAAUCAUUUGGGAUGUAGGUGAGCGAGGGCUCAAAACCAAUAUGUAUUUUAAUGGGCAGAGGAUGCCAUUCCCCACUUGUCAGAUCCAUUCCCUGCUGUAAAGAGGGGAUUAGCCACUGGAGAGACCAGGCUGCUGGAGAUGCAUGGGUUUAGCUAAUGAGGACAGGGAAGAUCAUGCUCAGAAUAAUAAAAAUUAUCCCAAGGGUCUCUGAUGUGCAAGAGCCAAGGAAUUGGAAGGGAGGGGUCAAACCUUGUCUAUAGGUUUGGCUUCCUGCAGGAAGUUCAUAUCCCAAAUACUUGCACACGUGUUGUGCUCUCUCCUUUAUCAAUGUAUAGUAAAGACGUAUUUAAAACAAUCACAAAACCAGCUGAUGAAGUAAAUUCAAGCCAAGUAUGGGAUUAAAGCAAGCAGCUCAGCCUUGCUCUCUCUUAGCUGAAAAUUCAAGUAUUUGUAGGAAUGGGGUAGAAAUUUUCUCUUAGGCAGCUCCUCUUGGAAGGCAAGUGUCUGUGCUUUCAAGAGAAUAAAUAAAACUUGGCACUUGACUUGCUCUGAAGUACAAUCUUGUCUCCAAGUAACUAGGAAAAAUAUUUUUGCAAUCAGUCUUUCAAUCAGACUUCCCUGGCUUUUAUUAGCUUGUGUUGGACCCUUUGUGCUGUUUUGAUGUGUUAUUUAUAUGUGGGUAGGUUAUUACUAGCUUUAAAAGUGUUUCCAAAGUACCUGGGUACCUCUGGAUGCUGGUACAGGUGAUACAGGGGGUACUUGAGCAUCCUGUGUGGAAAAGAGGAGCGUGGGGAAUAAGCAAGGUCACAUCUGCAUUGUACUUUUCCUUUUCCUUGAUCAGGGCUUCCAUUUCCUGCUCACCUUCUCUAGAGAGAUGGAGUUCAUGGGUCAUUCUUUUUUUUUUUUUUCCUGUGGGAGAAAGAUUUUUAUUCGAGCUUGAAAUGAUUUUAUUUUCACUCCAGAGGCAUGCCAUCAAAAUCCUGUAUGUUGCCACAUUUCCCAUUAAGUCUUUAGGUUCUGCUUCCUGAAAUGGACUCUUUCUCUACUUGGAAAGCUAUGUGCCUUAUUUCCUGAUCUCUUCGUGGAGAAUAAUCUAAAGCACAGUGAUCUGGCUUGCAGCAUUCCCAGGCGCUUUGCAUUGGUUUUGGGGGGGAGCAAACACUGAUGGAGCAUCCCAGUGUCCCAGCACUGGCAGGUGCUGGGCUCCCAGGCACAUCCAGCACUGGGUGAGGAGUCUUUGUGCAAUAGAAGCUCUGGCUCUGUGCCUGGCAGUGGGGUGAGCUCUCCUCCGGGGGAAUUCACCCUCCUGGGGGAACAGAAAAUCCCUGUGGGUCCUUUCCAGCAGUUCCUGGGGCAGCUCGCAGGGCUCCGUGUCACCCUGUGCACCCAGAGUGGGGGUCUGGGAGUGUCCCCGUGCCCUGCAGCAGUUCCCUGGUGCCAUCAGUCACAGCUGGGCUCCCAUUCCCACCCCAGGCCCUGGUGCUGGAGCCGUUCCAGCCGGGAUUUGCUUUUGUGCAGAACAGGCUCUGCCCCCCAGCACCCCCAGCCUCCCUCCCCGAGCUCGCUCUCUGCAGCGUCAGAAGGUGAAACACACAGAGGUGGUUUCAACAAUCGAGUAUUUCCUAUUUAUGAGAUUAAUUUUUAACAGUUGCUGUUUUGAAGGUGAAAUACACAGAGGUUGUUUGUGAUUAGGGCAACAAUCGAAUAUUUGGUAUUUAUAUUAAGUUUUAACAGUUUCUUUUUUGUCGAGGUUUGGGGUUUUUUUUGUUGGAUAUAAACACAACAGGAGUAUUUACAUAUCAUUGGUUCGGGUUGGAAAAGAACUUAAAGCUCAUCCUCUUCCAACCCCCUGCCAUGGGCAGGGAUGUCUCCCACUAGACCAGGUUGCUGUCCCCUAAAUGGAUGUUGGAGAAAGCUUGGGAUAUCCUAGAGAGGGAGCAGGUGGUGUUGGCUCGUAGUAUCCAUAUAGUUGUGCCCCAGUUGUGUUUUCUAGAGCAAUCUUUUUUUUUUUUUUUUUAAGAAAAAAAAAAGUAUUUUAUCUAAAUGCCUAAUAAAUAAUAUUAUUUAAAUAGUUUUAAAAAUAAUUUAGAACUGAGAAUAAGAAGCCUCAGUUGUGAGAGAAGAGACUUAAAAUAUACAGAGAGAGAAAAUACCCUGAGCCUCCUAGAGCCUCUACUGAGAAUUUGCUAAAGACGCAGAGCCCCUGGUCAGAGCACAUUGCAAUUAACUCACAAGUGUUCAUUUAAAAUGAGAGACUGGUUUCCUGUGAUGUUCAUCUUUGUUGGCAUAUGUUUGACUUUCUGAAUUCAGAGCUGAUUUCCUUCACAUUCAAAAGCUGGUCAAGGAAAAAAAAAAAAAUAGGCGAAAAAGAAUAAUCCACCUUGUGCAGCAGCAACUUUCCCUGGUGUGAGCUCUGGAAAUGCACAUUGUGCGUGAUGCGUGGCACGGUUCAGGUCUGCUGCAGGUGGGGAUGUGCAGACAGGCUUUUCCCUGGGGAGCAGCAGAGCAGCCCCAGUGCAGCAGGGAGGGAUGGGCAGCUGCAGGGCACAGCAGCACUUCUGUGGCUUGGGAAGCAAAUUUGCACUUUGCCUUUCGAGGGUGUCCCGCUUCGAAACAAAAACCAUGCGGUGAAAUUCCCGCGUCAGGUUCUUUUUCCUUCUGGUGUAGUCCAAAAAGAAACUGAAAAUGAGAGUAAAGGCAGCCCUAGUGUAAGUGUUGGAUCAGCUCUGCCAAACAAAAGGUUGUUCCUCUUGGAAUACUCUAUGCAUUUCUGUGGUGAAAAGCAUUUUCUCCCAUUCCUUGCUGGAAAUGCAGUGAGAAUGUCACACAUACAAAUUUGGAUAUUGAUCCCAAAGCAGAUGGAGGCUGGGGAGGGGGGGAUGUUUUUGGGUUUUUUUUCUUUUUUUUUUUUUUUUUUAUUUUUUUCCCUUUUUUCCUUUUUUUUUUUUUUUUUUUUUUUUUUAAAAAAUUAACUCUUUGCAUUUGUGCAAUAACUACUUGCCAUGAGAAUGGGCAGACCUUGGAAAUGCCCCGACUACUAACACAGCACAAGAUGAACUCGAACAGAAAGUGGUGUACUUUUUCCUGAGAACUUUUUUUUUUUUUUUAAAUAAUAAGCUCAGUUUUUACCCCAGUGUAUUGUGGUGUCUUACAUUUUUAGCAGUAUUUUAUAUUUUUUCUGUAACGCACUAAGUCUUAGAUGUUUUUAGAGCUUGUUUGUUAUAUUCACAAUCACGGAUUUUAAAAAAGAAAAAAGAAAAAAAAAAAAAAAAUCCUCACAGAGACCCAAUUGACCAAAAAAAAAAAAAAAAGUGUCAUUUUUUUUGUACAAGUAGCUUUGAGAAGCCCACAUUGUGUUGCUGUGACUCAUCUUUUGUAACAUUUUAUUUCUUGGUAUUUGUUUAAGCAUAAAAAGUAAGAGUUUAUCUGGCUGGCAGUGCAGGGCAGCGCUCCCUCGUCAGCAGACGGCAUUGUUUCUGUCUUUGUUUGGUUUAGCCAUAAAAUGUUUGUUCUCAGCACUGUACAACGGUCCCUAUAUGAUAUGGAGAAGCAAUAUCACUGUAUGAAACUCACACGAUGUAUUAUUAUUAUUAUUCACUAGCACCCUAGGUGUGAUAAUUGAAGUAAAUAUCUUUUAUACAAACACAA